GAGAGAGAGAUCAUGUUGACACCUGCACAGAGAGAAGACCGCAAUUCCCUAUGAUGUCACUGGCACUCAGAGGUCCAGUAUAACUGACCAUGCCGCCUUUCCAUUCAGAGCAAAGAUUAAGAUACACACUGUUCCAGCGCGUCCUCUGUCCUGUCCUUGCUGAACACAGAGUUGGAGAUGAGAAGAGGAGAGAGCAUCACAUACUGAAAGGACUGCAGGUGAUUUCAGGAUUCACAGAGAACUUCACAGAGUCGUCCUCUCUUCUUCGGAAAGACCCCUGAUGAUGUGGAAAAAUGCCAUGCUGCUAUUUUGUUAUCUGUUCGUGUCCUUAUCGUGUUCCGCGAUAUAUCCAUCUUUCAGGUUUGGUCAGAGAGACACUUCCAUUGUGUUGACAUCCUCCAUAGAGGAUCCACUGAGACUGUUGGAGGAAGAUGGAGCUCCUUCUACUUCAGUGGAGCUGCGCUCAGGGCGACAUGCAGAUGCGGUCUUCACCAACCGCUACAGAAAGGUUCUGGGACAGAUCUCCGCAAGGAGGUUUCUUCAAACCAUUAUGGGAAAAAGACUACAAAAUGAAAGUGUGGACUUUGUGAAGAGACACCAGUUGGGCAUCUUUAAGAGGAACUAUGAAGAGGGUCACACAACCUUCCACAGACGGGCAUAUAGAGCAGUACAACAGAAGGUGACCAACGCCACAAAGCCUGCCAGCCAUACACACUCAAACACCUGCAUCAACCUCUUUCUUUUGCUUUGA